AGCUCCACACCUCUGAACAUCUCUGUGUACCUGUGGUGACAGCGGUCACACAGCUUAUUUCCACCAACUUCAACUGCAAACACCCGGAAUUCACUUUCAAUAUGGCCAGUCUGCUUUCAAUGCAAUGUGUCGCCUCCCUGAGAAAAAGCAGAGGUCUAGUUCACUUAGGGACCGCAGUACUGGGAGUCAAGAAGCGAAACUACAGCAGGAAAGAAGCGUGUCCAUCUGAGUACCUGCACCAAAGUGUGGUGCCAUCGAUGCAUUACCAGAAGAGUUUACCAAGGUUACCCAUACCAAAGCUGGAGGAUACCAUGAGGAGGUAUUUAGCUGCCCAGCGGCCUCUGUUGGAUGAUGACCAGUUCAGAACAAUAGAGAAACUUGCACAGGAUUUCCAGAGUGGUGUGGGGAAAMAGCUGCAUGAGGAAUUGGUAGCCCAGGAUAAAAUAAAUAAGCAUACAAGCUACAUCUCAGGACCAUGGCGUGAUAUGUACCUGUCUGCUCGUGAGUCUSUGGUGCUGAACUUCAACCCCUUCAUAUCCUUCAAACUGGACCCUAACACAAAGUACAAUGACCAGCUUAUACGGGCAACUAAUAUGGUGUGCUCAGCUGUUCGCUUCAUGAAAACACUUCGAGCUGGAUUACUGGAGCCAGAGGUUUUUCAUCUAAACCCAGCAAAGAGUGACACAGACAGAUUCAAAAAGUUAAUCCGCUGGGUCCCAUCCUCUCUAUCUUGGUAUGGAGCCUACAUGGUGAAUGCUAUCCCCCAGGACAUGUCUCAGUACCUUCACUUCUUUAACUCAACUCGGAUUCCGAAAUGUGGAAGAGAUAAGCUCUUCACUAAUGAAAAAGGGCGACAUCUCUUAAUUAUGAGAAAAGGCAACAUGUAUGUGUUUGACAUCGUAGACAGAGAUGGGAAUUUAGUGAAGCCUGCAGAGAUCCAGUCCCACUUACAGUACAUUUUGUCUGAUCCGACACCAGCGCCCACCUUUCCUCUUGGGGUGCUGACUAGUGAGAACAGGGAUGUGUGGGCCGGGCUAAGGGAAAGACUGAUAGCUGCUGGAAAUGCAGAGAAAUUAAAUCUUAUUGACAGUGCUAUUUUCUGUCUCUGCCUGGAUGAUGAGACCAUGCGAGACCAUAUUGACAUCUCCCACAACAUGCUGCAUGGUGAUGGCUGCAACCGCUGGUACGACAAGUCCUUCAGCAUCAUUCUCACCAAGGAUGGUCAGGCAGCCAUUAAUUUUGAACACUCAUGGGGCGAUGGCKUAGCUGUGCUCCGCUUUCAGAAUGAGAUCUUCAAAGACACCACAGAAAAGCCACUGGUGCACCCAGGCUCUGUUGCUGCUGCUGUAGAUUCAGCCUCUGCUGUGCACAGACUGGACUUUAGGAUGAACAGUGAGCUGGAAAAUGGAAUCAUAAAAGCAAAGGAGAAGUUUGACUCAGCAGUUUCCACUCUCACCUUUGGCCUCGUGGAGUUCAAGAAGGGUGGGAAGAAUCAGAUAAAGAAGAGCAAGUUGAGUCCAGAUGCUAUAACCCAGCUGGCUUUUCAGAUGGGCUUCCUGAGGCAGCAUGGACAGACAGUGUCCACAUAUGAGUUGUGUAGCACCGCAGCAUUCAAGCAUGGCCGCACAGAGGCGAUCCGACCAGUUACCUUACACACAAAACAGUGUUCGCACGCCUUUGUUUGUCAGCCGGGACAACACAGUGUGGAGCAACUACAAGCCAUGCUCCAGGAAUGCUCCAAAUAUCAUGGGCAGCUCAUCAAGGAAGCAGCUAUGGGACAAGGUUUUGGCCGACAUCUAUUUGCCUUGCGAUACCUGGCCAUCUCAAAGGGCCAAGCCCUGCCAGGCCUGUACACUAGCCCUGCAAACAUCCCCUUGCAGAAAAACACCAUUACCACCAGCUCCCUUGUCAGUCCAACUUUGGGCCUUAUGGGCUUUGCCCCGGUGGUGCCUGAUGGGUUUGGCAUUGCCUACAGUGUCCACAACGACUGGAUCAGCUGCUGUGUGUCCAGCACCCCAGCUGGCAAGAUCCAUGAAUUCAUUCAGUGUGUCCACAAGUCUUUAGAGGACAUUUUCACAGUCUUAGAGGGAAAGACACUCCGUUAAUAAACAAGUGCUUAUUAAAAUAAGAAAAUAAAAAUGAAUUUUACAGUACAGCAAAGGUGAGCGAGGUCAUCACUUUCAGCUUGUGGUUGGCUAAUUUAACAUUUCAUCAUACUGAGAACUGCCUUCUUUAAAAUGCUACACAUCUGAGGGGUCAUGAUGCAUUCUAUCAAAAUAACUUUUUUUAUUUUUUAUUUUUGUUGCUUGUAUUUUCCUGUCAACAGUAAGUUAUGAAUUCAAUCAUAUUAAAUUAAGCAUAUUUUUACAUUGAGAUGAUGA